AUGCUGCAACCACCAGCUUCCCCCUCCUUUACCCACCAGAUUGACCUUUCUUCGGAGUGUAGCAAGAUUGACAAGGUCAGCCUGUACUGCGGCCGCGCUGAGAUUACCCGGUCAUACAAGAUCGACGUUAAGACCGGGCGGAAUCAAAUCAAGAUAUCAAAGUUGCCUUCUCUGCUGGACGAUGAUUCAUUGAGAGUUGAAGGGAGGGGGCCAGCCACAAUUAUUGGCGUUGCUGUGGCCAGGCCUCCGGCUUCUACAACAGCGACAGCGUCCCCUAUACUUUCUUCUUUGGAGGACUUGAGGGAAGUUACCCAAAAGGCGAUCGCCCGCUGCACGAAGGCCAUCUCAUCUAUUGAAUCGUACCUUGUAACGCUGGACACCAAAACUGUGGGCUCUCAGCAAAUCGGACCAAUGAUGGAUACCUACGAAACGGAAGCAGAGAAACUUGAUCUCAGACUGCUAAAGUUGGAGGCAGAACUCAACGAGCUGAACAAGCGAAUUGAGCAGGAGCGCGCUCUUCGGGCCGCCGCGCAGCGGCGAGACAGCCUUCUCGGCAAGACAGCGACUAUCGAUCUCUUUGUGGAUGCUGAAGGGCAAGUAGAACUAGUGUUGAUAUAUGCUGUCGUCCAAGCUACUUGGAGUGCUGUAUAUGACCUUCGCGCCAAUAUAUCUUCGGACACCAAUACCGUCAAUCUUGUUUACAAGGCGGCAAUUACUCAAAGCACAGGGGAGUCGUGGGAUGAUGUCUCCCUCACCCUAGAGACGGUCACUCCGACGUUCGGUGUCGGCUUGCCCAGGCUCGACCCAUGGCGAGUGGGCGUUUACAAGCCUGUCCCAAGAUUUGCGACCAGGAAAGUUGGUAUGGCUUCUAGAGGUCCUCUCAUGGCUUCUUCGGGAUACGAAUUGUACAGCGAAGAUCUCGCGCUCGACAAAGAACUUAGUCCCGAAAUUGUUCAUCGUGAGACCAUAGUGACGAAUCAAGGUCAUCUAAGCACUUCGUUCCAAGUCCCUGGUUUUAUCAGCGUUCCUACUGAUGGCGAAGUCCACACUGUGACCGUCGUCGAACUCAGAUUGGAUGCGGCGAUGGCCUGGAUUAGCAUCCCCAAAGUGCAACCGAAGAUCCAGAUAAAGGCCAAGAUAAAGAACGCCUCCAACUUCCCACUGCUCCAGGGGAUUGCCAGUGUCUAUGUCGACGGCACUUUCGUCUCGAAGACGACUGUUCCCGAAGUCAGCCCUCAGGAAAGCUUUGAUUGUUCACUAGGAUUCGACCCUUCAAUCCGAAUGACAUACCACCCGCUCUCUAAGAAAGCAUCGGAGAGCGGGUUCUACAACAAGUCUUCCAGUAUCACCUAUUCUCAGCACAUCACUGUUUACAACACCAAGAACAUCAUCAUCAAAGACUUGACAAUCAUUGAUCAAGUUCCCAUAUCGGAGGACGCUCAAGUGACAAUCAAGCUUGUCAACCCAGCCUUGCCCCCUCCUCCGGCAGCCUCCUCUUCUGCUAUAAGUAGUAUAAAGAGUGUGUCGAAGAGCGAGAAAUUGCCUCCGCCGAUCAAGGUGGCGGACAAUGUCAUGGCACAGUGGGAUGGAGUGGACGAUCCUGAAGGCGACAAGAGCGCCAUUGGCCGAGAGGGUAGGCUUGCGUGGAAGUGCACAUUGCCACCCCAGAGCAAAAUCAACCUGACUCUGGUUUGGGAAGUCAGUGCCGCGGCCAAUGUUACGAUCAGUGGGUUGUAA